AUGAUGCAACUACUCCUUCUUGCAUCCCUCGUACAGAGUGCUAUCGCUCCCGCAGUCGACGAUUUCACCCGCACAUCGCUAAUCCCUAGAGAUUUCACCGAUGUAGACCCAUCAUGCACGGAUAUCAGCAACUGCAGGACGUUAUGGAGUAUCAUAUAUAGCUGCCUAGCAACUAUAUUUACAUGCGUCUGGGUGGCCGUCCACAAGAAUAUCAGUCACCCGAAGCAGACACGGGUGGACGUUCUUCUGAAUAGUGUGUUCACUGUGACGUUGGCGGUGUUGGCGCCAGAGUGGAUGCUGGGGUGGGCUGUGCGGCAGCUUCUGGCAGCGCGGAUUCUUGCAAAGAAGCUUAACAUACUCGGAGAGAGGGCCAAAGGCGAAUGGAAGAGGGAAAGAUCGGAACUGUCUAUGCAAGAUGGAACAGACAUGGACAAUGAAAUCAUCCUGCGUUCGGGGGAAAGAUCGGAGCUACUCGUGCAGGAUGGAGCAGAUGUUGGUGAAACCACUCUGGAUCAAGAGGAGAAGGAGAGGCUUAAGAUGCUUCGGACAAGAGAGACGGAAGAGAGUCUAGGGAGGAGGGAUGAUGCAUGGUCAAUCACUCAUGGAUUCUUCGUAAUCAUGGGAGGCUUCCAGUUUUACAAAGAUGGUGAUGCGCUCUACCCAUUAUCCCCCGACGACGUCCUCGCGCUCGUCAAGGAAGGCUCUCUCAUCCCACCCACCAAGGACGAAAUUAAAUCCUGGAGUAAGGGAGACUGGUUUUCAAAAGGCAUAGCGAUUCUACAGACCCUCUGGUUUGUGAUCCAAUGCAUUGCGCGCCGAGCUGAGGGCUUGCCAAUUACGACACUCGAGGUCAUGACACUCGCGUACACGGUCUUUACCGUCGCCAUGUACGCCGUCUGGUGGCACAAGCCCCUUAACGUCAAAUAUCCUGUCCGCAUUCCAUCCCGCCUCGAUCCACAUCCUCAACCAGAGAAUAGGCCCGGGUAUUGGAUCACUAAGGACUGGUGGGAGAAAUUUGGGAGCUUCGUGCUGGGUACACAGGACAGAGGGAGGAAUCUGCGCCAAGAUAAGCACGUUCUGACCUUCUAUUCUGGAGUUUGGGAGAGCGGCAACGGAAAUAUGAGUGGAAUCCUCGCGCUCACCUUGGUGAUGCUCGUCACGAUGGUGUUCGGAGCCAUCGCUCCUCCAAUCGGCGAUUCCCCUUCCACAUCCCUAGUUUUCAGAGCUAUCACCAAUGUAGAUCCGUCAUGCACCGACAUCAGCAGCUGCAGGACGCUAUGGAGCAUCAUAUACAGCUGCCUUGCGACCAUAUUUGCAUGCGUCUGGGUGGCCAUCCACAAGAAUUUCAGUCAUCCGAAGCAGACGUCGGUCGAUGUUGUCCUGGAUAAAGUGUUUAUCGUGGCGCUGGCAGUGUUGGCGCCAGAGUGGAUCCUGGGGUGGGCUGUACGGCAGCUUCUGAUGGCACGGAAUCUUGCACAAAAGCUGAAUGAAUGUGCCAAAAGCAGACAGAAAGAGGAAAGGUUGAAACUGUCUAUGCGGGAUGGACCAGAUGACGAUGAAGUAAAGUUGCAUGCAGAGGAAAGAUCGGAGUUGCCUGUGCAGGACAGAGCAAACGACGAUGAAGCCACUCUACGUUCAGAGGAAAGAUCGGAGCUACUUGCGCAGGACGGAGCAGAUGACAAUAAAGCCAAGACGCAUCCAGGGGAGAAGGAGGAGAAACUCAAGAUCCUUUUGAUGAGAGAGACCGAAAAGUGUCUAGGGAGGACGGAUGAUGCAUGGACAGUCACCCAUGGAUUCUUCGUAAUUAUGGGGGGCUUCCGAUUCUAUAAAGAUGGCAAGCCACUCUAUCCAUUAUCCCCCGACGACGUCCUGGCACUCGUCAAGAAAGGCUCUCUCAUCCCACCUACCAAGGACGAAAUUAAAGGCUGGAGCAAGAGCGACUGGCUCUCAAAGGGCAUCGCGAUUCUGCAGACCCUCUGGUUUGUAAUCCAAUGCAUUGCGCGCCGAGUAGAGGGUUUGCCAAUCACGACGCUCGAGGUCAUGACGCUCGCGUAUACAGCCUUUACCGUCGCCAUGUACGCCGUCUGGUGGCACAAGCCCCUUGACGUUGAGUGCCCCGUCCGCAUUCCGUACUGCCUCGAUCCACAUCCUCAUUCGGAGGAUGAGCCCGGAGAGUGGACCACAGAAAUGUGGAUGGGGCGACUUGCGAUGUUCGUGACGGGCAUACAGGACGAUGAGAGGAAUAUGCGCCAAAUUAAGCAUGCUUUGACCUUUUAUUACGGAAUUUUGGAGAGUAGCGAUGAAGAGGGCUACAUGAUAGGUGGCGCGCUGUGCUUGGCAAUGGUGGUGACGAUGGUGUUCGGAGGUGUGCACUGUAUUGCGUGGUCGUAUGCGUUCCCGUCCCACCUGGAGAUGCUCAUCUGGCGGACGUCUGCGCUGGCUAUAACAGCGUUGCCUCCUAGUAUGGCGCUGCUUGUCGUCAUCGGGGCAUCCAUCGAUUCGAUCGAGGGGGGCUCGGUUCUAGUACAUAUCAUACGGACCUUAUUCGCGCUCGCGCCGCCGCGAAAUCUGGCGGUCCCGAUUGGAUUUGUGACGCGGGUUGCAACUAAGCAGGAGCAGCUCCACACGCAGACGUUGCCUGUGCAGGAGCCCAACCAAACGCGGAUGCAGGUUUUGACGACGCUGCAGAGCCGAAUGCAGACACGGGCUGUUGAGUGGACGAUCCAGACACGGACGUCGUCGCCCUGGUGGCACAGGUUGACUCUUGUAUCGAGUUUGAGGAUGGAUAGGAUGCUCUGGGUAGUGAGCGGAAGGCCGUACCUGGAGUCCGGAGAGGACUGGGACGGUGCCUUGCGUUCGCUCCCCCCCGUGGUGCGGGUGUGGGUGGCAGCUGCUACACCAGCCGAUGUUGGACAGGGGCCUGGUGGGUAUCCAGUUACUCUCCAAGUGGCGUUCAUGGCAGAUUGUGCAAGCCCCUCUACCGGGUCGAGUGUUACACGGUCUUUACCACCUCUCCAUGUGUAG